GAGAUCAAGUCCACAUCUAACUACUGUUUAUGAAUAAAUGUGAUUGUGUCCUCAGUCAUAUUGUCUGCUAGAAGUUUGGUUCUAUCAUGAACAGCUAUUGAUGAGGAUGACUAGAAGGCCUUUUGCAAAUAUUUGACAUGCAUAUAGACUUAACUGCGACCUCAUUAAUAUAGGAUCUCCCAGUCUGUUCUCUAGGAACUCAUCAUAGUCCUCCAUUAUAGGAAAUAUUAGAGAAGUACUCAUUAACAAUUCAUUGAUUAUCAAGUCGUUGAUCUACUCAAUCAAAUUUGAUUGGGAGUUACUCAUUAAGUAGUGGUUCACUAGCCGUUAGAUCCUCAUUCGUUCCACCAGUAACAUGCUCACAUUUUGGUGUACUUUAUUGUUAAGUGUUUCUGAGUGAGGAAACAGAAGCAGAGACACUUUGUUUAUUUGACCACUCAGCUGGGAGAGCUGCUUGCUUUUAAAGAGCUCAGCUGUCCCAAACAGUCACAACACCCACAUAGAGACUCAGGGCUGGGCUGGGCUGAGCCGGGUUGGCCUGCUGGCAUUACUCAUCCCAAUCUCCCACCUGUUGGAGCCUCAUUUGGAAAGUUGGGCAUGUAACGGAUUAAACAACAGGGCUGGUAGAAAAAGCUAGAAAGAGUCCCAUGAAGUUUCAAGCUGCAGGGACCCAUCCUGACUAAGAGCUACCUCUCUUUGAGAAGAAUUCAAGUUUCACGCGACAUCUGCUGGUCCAGACUCUGAAUAUCUGGAGGAACUAAACCUCGACUGACCAAACGACACAAUGUCUCAUUAUGACAUGUUGGAUGACAAAGACUCUGUGGAUAUUCAUGACAACCCCCCUCUCCCUGAUAAUGUGGUGAAAGAGGAGGACAACACGGUAUAUUUCAUCUAUGACGAGGAGGUAGAGGACGACGACAAAGAGGAACCACCUCCUGCAGAACCAGUCAAACCAGUCAACGACAAACCUCACAAGUUCAAAGACCACUAUUGCAAGAAACCAAAGUUUUGUGAUGUCUGCGCACGCAUGAUAGUGUUAAACAAUAAGUUUUCUUUGCGAUGUAAGAACUGCAAAACCAGCAUCCACCACCAGUGUCAGUCCUAUGUGGAGUUCCAGAGGUGUUUUGGCAAAAUUCCUCCAGGAUUCAGAAGAGCCUACAGUUCUCCUCUCUACAGCAGCCAGCAGAAUGCCACCGUCUCACAGCUGCUGCCCUUCUCACAGUCAAACCGCACCGACCCUGUGUUUGAGACGCUGCGUAUUGGUGUGAUCAUGGCCAACAAGGAGCGUAAAAAAGGGUCAGAGGACAAGAAGAAUAUGAUGAUGAUGAUGAUGGAGGAUGAUGAGUCCCAGCCCAAACAGGAGGAUGAAGGAGGUGAAGGAGCAAACACAGAGGGAGACAAAAGAGGAGACAAGGCUCCUGCUGAUGACAAGAGUAAAAAGCUUCAGACAGGGAAGAUCGGCGUGUUCAGCCAGUCUCACUACUAUCUGGCUCUGUACCGCUUCAAAGCCAUAGAGAAAGAUGAUCUGGAUGUUCAUGCUGGUGACCGCAUCACAGUGAUAGAUGACUCCAAUGAGGAAUGGUGGCGGGGGAAGAUCGGACAGAGAACGGGCUUCAUUCCUGCCAACUACAUCAUCCGAGUGCGAGGAGGAGAGAGGGUCUACAAGGUGACACGCUCCUUCGUUGGCAACAAAGAGAUGGGCCAAAUCACUCUGAAGAAAGACCAGAUCGUAGUAAAGAAGGGUGAGGAGGUAAACGGCUACCUGAAGGUCAGUACCGGACGGAAGCUCGGCUUCUUCCCCGCCGACCUGCUGCAGGAGAUCUGAGGAGGAACGGCAGAUGUCGCAAAGAAACCCCUGGCCAUCUCCCUUCUCAGUUUCAUCACCUGACACGCUUGUUCUUGGUCCAAAGUGACAAAAACACUUUACACUUGACUUUUGAUUUCAACACACAUUGGUAUUUUUAGUUCUGUAAACGUCACACAUGACCUUACAAAGCCUGCAUGCAGAACAUGUUGAGAUGAAUUUACUCAGUGUGGAGAGGCAUGUGUUAAAUAGGCAGAAAAAUAACAGGAUAUAAAUAUAAAGGUUUGGUCAACAAAUGCUCAGCCAAGACUGUAAAGCACAAAGGCCACUUUAACUGAUUGUAUUUGUAGGCAUGUUUUGUAUCUCUGAUGUAUUCUGACUAAAUCACUGAAAGUCACUUUUAAUAUUGCAGGAUUUGCUUUAGUUUUAGGACCUCUUGUUUUUAAGUUCACAUAUUUGAAUGGCAUUGCAUCGGUGCAUGUAUCUGUGAUUACAGUUAAUUUAAACUUCAUCACUAUGUCCCCUAUUGCCUGUUUUACCAGUAAACUGGAGUUAGAUAUGAUAUGAUGAAUGAAUUUGUCAGCACACAUGCACGUUUUUCCAUCCGUUAUCCUCCUGUGUGUGUGUAGAAGAAAUGUCAAAGAAACUGAAAAACAGCAGUGAAUCUGUGCUGAAUCUGUUAGCAGUUAGUUAUUUGAGUCAUUCAUAGUGAAACGAAGAAUGCUUUCAUUUCCUCACAUGUCGGGUAAGAAAAUGAUACCAUUCAAAUGAGACAGAGGCAUUUCCACAACUUCAAAAGGAUGCAGAGCUAUUUUCUGUAGCUACCCUGAAUGCAGUGUAAUUAUCCAUAGGAAACACUGUGGGGAUGGUUUGCUAUGUAAAGGGACAGCUCAGAGGUCAGGAAUGCAGGGAAUGGCAUCUGUAGGUCCGAAGAGACGUUCCACUAGUGACUAUAGGCCUGAAUAACACGACAGGCAGACAGACAGACAGACAGACAGACAGACAGACAGACAGACAGGCAGACAGACAGACAGACAGACAGACAGACAGACAGGCA